UGAUUGUCCUGACGUCAAGGCCAGCCCUCUAUCUAGGCAGGCUGACAAACCCUAUGCAUGGCUUUCAUUCCAGCCACAGACAGCAGCUAGGACACCAGCAAGGGGAACCCUGUAAAUUCUAGCUUAUGAACAAGGCUCAUCCUUUCAGAAAAUAUUCCAGUUCCUUCCUGACAUUCUCCGAAAAGACGAAGAACUUGCAAAUGUCUGGAGGAAUCUUCUCUCCUUUGGAUAAACUUUUCGACCCAGACAGUGCAAACUGCCAUCCGCUGGUGUGUCACUUGUGCCGUGAGCAAUAUGAGCAUCCGUGCCUACUGGAUUGUUACCACACUUUCUGUGCCAGCUGCCUGCGUGGUAGAGCCGUGGACAGCCGACUCACAUGCCCCCUCUGUGGGCACCAGUCUGUUGUGAAAGGGGUGAAUGCGCUUCCUCCAGAGGACCGUCUGCUCAAGUUCUUGGUGGAUAAUUCUGCAGACAGCGAGGAAGUCGUACAGUGUGCCAACUGUGACUGGGAGUGCAAGAAACAGGAUGUGGAUGCAAUGUAUUAUUGCAACACUUGCAACCAGCCCCUGUGUGGAAACUGCAGAGAAGCCACCCACAAGGCCAAGAUGUUCUCGCGCCAUGAAAUUGUUUCCCUGGCCAAGCGCACCAAAGAAGCCCACAAAAAGUGUGCCCUCCAUGAAGAACUAUACAUCAUGUUCUCUACGGAGAAGAAGUCUAUGCUUUGCAUCAACUGUUUCAGAGACAUGCCAGUGGAGAGCAGAGCGCACUGCAUUGAUAUUGAGACAGCCUAUAUGCAAGGCUGUGAAAAACUGGACCAAGCCGUUUUAGCUGUGAAGGAACUCCAGACAUCAGCACGAGAAGCCAUUGUUCUCCUGAAAGCUAUGAUCGGAGAAGUCAGGGCGAACGUGGACGAGGAGGAGAGUGCGAUUUGUACCCUUUUUAACAGCAUGCAGGAAAAACUAGCUGAGAGAAAGAAGAUUCUGCUGAAAGCAGCUCAAAGCCAGCAUGAGGAGAAGGAACGGGCUUUUAAAGAGCAGCUGUCACACCUGGCUGCACUGCUGCCAACUCUCCAGGUGCAUCUGGUUACAUGCUCUGCUUUCCUUAGUUCAGCAAAUAAGUUUGAGUUUCUAGACAUGGGUUAUCAACUUAUGGAGAGGCUGAAGAAGAUUGUAAAGCUGCCUCACAGACUGAGACCAUCUCAGAGCAGUAAGAUCAACACGGAGUAUCGAUCGGAAUUUGCCCGCUGUUUGGAGCCCCUGUUACUUCUAGGUCAGCGGCGCUCAGUGUCCACAGCAGGCAGUGUCUCAGGACUGGGCAACAGCGGUGGAUUGCUCCCAUCUGUGACCUGUCACUCCCAAACAGGCGGACAUAUGACUCUAGAUUCCUCAGUGGUCCGAAAGCCCACUUCUCACCGCUACAUCAGCACUAAGGUCCUCUUGGCUGAGGGUGGAGAGAGUCCCUUCAUGGAGCACUGCCGAAAUUAUGAGAACAGCUACAAGAACUUGCAGACAGAAAUCCAGAAGCUUAAAGACCAGGUGCAGGAGACUCACAGAGACCUGACUAAACAUCAUUCCCUCAUAAAGACGGACACCAUGAGUGAAAUCCUGGAUAGGUCUCUGGAGAUGGACAGAGAGAUCUCAUUAGAAUACAAAUCUGUCGAGAUGAUGAGGGCCAUUUUUGAAGAGAUCUGGGAAGAGACGUUCCAAAGGGUGGCAAACGAGCAAGAAAUUUAUGAAGCACAACUUCAUGACUUAGUUCAGUUAAAGCAAGAAAAUUCCUUCCUGACGACUAUCGCUCGACAAAUAGGUCCUUAUAUCCGAUCCAUAGCAAAGGUGAAGGAACGCCUAGAACCCAGCAGGCUCAAGGAGCCAAAGGAGCUUAAAGAUGACCGCACUGAAACCAUGCUGAAACUUUAUGAGGACAGCAGCAUGGAAGCUGAUACCCAGCACAGCAAUGAACUAACAUGUGCCCAUGAAGACUUCUGCACUCUGAACCUUUCCGAUGACUCCGGUCUCAAAAGCAAGGACCUGUACAGGCUGAACAAGCAGAAAUGUACCGCAGACACGAGCCACUGCGUCCCUGUUAAACCACAACUCAGCUGAUUAAGCAGCCCGACAAAUCCCUUGACUAUUUGUACAGUACUUGUGAAAACAAGACAAUAGAUAAAGCACUGCUGAUGUCUAAAAUGCAUUUGAUCUGCUUUAGGUUGUGCUAAUUAAAAUAAAACCAAAACCAAGUUGAACAUAAUUCAGAUACAUAUAUAAUUCAUAGAACACAGUCUUUUAUAUUAAGUGUUUAUUUCAGAGGUUUGUAGUAGUUUUGUAUGCUAAGUGUCAUAAUAAUUGUACAGUUCACUUUCCUUCCCAUUUUUCAUACUGUAAUACUUAUAUACUGCAACUUGCCAUCCUGCUAUACAUGAUUGAAACCUUGAUGUCGGCCAGCGAAUAGAAACCGUUACAGUGGCCAUUCGUCAUAUAGUGCAACAAAUCCUACUUCCUGUCAUCCACUGAAGCUAGGUUAUGUUGAAAAUGGAUGAGUAAAUGGCCCUGAAUGUAUAUACUCAAAACAAAUGCAUUAUCUGAUUUAGUUCAGAUGGAGAAAAGAAAAAAAAAAGAAACAUAUUGACACAAUGAUGAAAUAAGAACAGAAAGAGGAAUCGACCAAAACACAUGCAAUGCAUAGAAGUUGUAGAAACUUGUCCAUGUGUGCUGGAACUAAUAGGGUUUUCUUGCUUACAGACUUCGAGUAUCCAGGGUGCCAAUAAAUAUGGUACAAUCUGUUACAGUUGGCCACUUCAGGCAGAAUCCAAUUAGCUAGCAGACGCUUCUGCCCACUCAACUUAUGCUUGGAUUUUGCCUGUGACACCAAGUCUAUUGCCAUUAAGGUGGCACACAAUAUUUAGGAAAGUUGUUUAUUACAAAUUGUCAGCACUGAGAUCUGCAUGUGCCCAAAACCUGCCUGAACAACGUUAGGAGAAAACAACAAAAACAACCUUCAGAAAUAUCAAAACGUGUAAAACUCCCGACAGGAACAUUACAAAUUCCUCCUUGUCCAUCCUCACAUCGACACAAAUUCUGACCUGUAAUCCCUGAAUGAUGAUGAUUAGUCUUGGAGCAGAACUCAUUGUCAAUAUAAUUUAUUCACAGCACUGCUCCUAGUGUAAAAACAAACUGGAGUGCAUGUAUAUACUCUAUUUUUUAACAGAUAUUACACGUGAUGCUUUGUUGGACAAAGCUGCCCGACUCUACAAAUGUUUACAUGCAGGAGAGUAGAAAAGUUUCCAAUAGAAAAGUUUCCUUUCUGUCUUCCUAUUCUAGGAAAAAGAAGUACAACAAUUAAUAAGAAAGUCUGCAUGUAAAUCUUCCUAGAGUCUACAUCUUAGCUGCAGCUUUUCGUUAGCGUACAACCCCACAUGUACAUGCACUCCAGUUUCCAUGGCAACAAGCUUAACCACACUGUUUGACUGACCAGUGCAGGAAAACAAGCAGUUUUUUUUUUUAAUAACGCUGUAAUUAUGACUACAAAUAACUAAAUGUUUGCUUUUUUUCCUCCCCAUUUUUCCUUACUUUUUGACCGAAAAAGUUUUUUCAGUCACUUAUUUAGCGGCAUCCCUGAUAAAUAUAGACAACUGAUAUUAACUAUAUAAUUGUAUAAUGUGACAGACCCAUUUCCUCGUACUUAAACUUUUCUAAUGUGUCAAUUUAAGCAAAUACUAAUAGAUUUUCAUCAGUGUUUGAUUUGAGAUUCCAAAUAUGAGAUAUCAGAGUUCAAAACACACUUACACAACUGUUCA